AUGGCGUCUGUGUCACCUUCUGAAACCGGCGGCACGCUCAUCACGUUCCUGCAGCAGCUGCGCGGCACACUGGUUGAGAUUGAGCUGAAAAACGCCUCCAUUGUCUCAGGCGAAAUCUCCUACGUGGAUGCCAACAUGAACACCUACAUGUCACACGCAAAGAUCACCAGCAAGGGCAAGAACCCUGUGGAGGUGGAGGAGUACAUGGUGCGCGGGAGCACGAUCCGCUACAUCAUUAUGCCGGAGAGCCUGAACACGUACGAUAUUCUGAAGCAGGCUUCCACAAAGAAGAACGGCACAUCAAAGAAGUAG